GGGCGCAGCGAUUGUCUAUGAGUAGUGCAAUAUAUAUGAGUAGUGUAGUAUAUGCAGGCUGUGUGCAUGUGUUUCUGUAGCUCUCUGUAUAUGGAGCUGUAGUGAGUUCACGCUGGUUGUUGUUGCUGUGCAAGAGGUAAACACUGACGAGAUCAUGGCUGUGGCUGCCGAGAAAGCAUAUUACCGGUUUUUGGUGCUUUUCUUCAACUGCCUGCUCACUUUUGGUUCUUACUUCUGCUUCGAUAUACCUAGUGUGCUGCAGGACCAGUUUCAGGGGGAACUGAACUGUACUAAUGGAAGCCACCCCAACAGCAGCAUAGGGUGCGUGGAAGGGCUAGGAAUGAGCCCUGAGCAGUAUAAUCUGCUCUAUGCAAUCUACGCUUGGACUAACGCUGCGGUAGUGAUCCUGGCUGGAUUUCUCAUCGACAAACUGGGAAACCGAUUUGGCCUAUUUCUGUUCUCCUUUCUGACUGUCCUGGGCUCAGCUAUAUUUGCUUUAGGAUCCCAUUUUAAAGGCACACCCUACCUGCUGCCACUCAUGCUCACAGGACGGCUGCUCUUUGGUUCUGGGAACGGAUCACUGACAAUUGUUCAGAACCGAAUCACAGCCUUCUGGUUUAAAGGAAAAGAACUGGCGCUGGCCUUUGGCCUCACCCUGUCCUUCUCCCGACUUGGCAGUGUACUCAACUUUUUUCUCACAAAGAGCUUUGAGGAUCAGUUUGGCAUCCAGUGGACUCUCUGGGGAGGAACCAUCCUGUGUGUCCUGGGUUUCCUCUCUGCUAUCACAGUCAGUGUACUGGAUAAAGUUGGCAUGAAGCAGCUUGGCCUGGAAGGAGCCAUUCAGGAAGGAUCUAAGAAAGUGAGAGUGCAGGACAUUCGACACCUACCCCUGCGAUACUGGCUGCUGGUUCUUACCAUCAUGUUUUUCUACAAUGGAGUCUUCCCCUUUGUGGCAGAUGCUAGCAAGUUCAUCCAGGACAAAUACCAAGGGUAUGACCAACAGACGGCCUCCUACAUUGCUGGAGCAGUUUAUGACAGCUCCCUGGUGCUCUCCGCUGCUGUUGGAAUAUUGAUUGACUAUGUGGGAAUGAGAGGGGUGCUGGCCAUGCUUUGUGCUGUGAUGACACUACCUGUUUUUGCCCUUCUGGCUUUUACAUAUGUUCCUCCCUUGGUGUCUACGCUUUGGCUCGGAGUCACGUACUCAUUUGCUGCAGCAAGCAUGUGGCCGUCUAUACCACUGGUGGUGCCCCAGGCUACAUUGGGCACGGCGAUGGGUCUUGCCACCUCUGUGCAGAUGAUUGGAAUCGGAUUGUCCAACCUCAUUGUAGGCAGGAUUCUUGGCACUAAAUCCAGUCAAUCCAAGAUUCCGCUGUGGCGCUGGCAGCAAAUGAUGAUCUUCAUGCUGGCCAAUACCAUUCUGUGCAUUGUGUGUUCCAUGACACUGAACCUGGUGGACAAGAAACAGGGUGGAACUCUGAACCGGAUGACAAAGCGUAGCCAAGCAGUGGAGCAAGAUGCCAGAGAGGGGGCAGAUAGGGCACCCAUUAUAGGAGAGGAGGAGGAGGAUGAUGAUCGUAGGUCCAUCAACUGAGAACAGAGCUUUCCACUAUCCAUUUGUAAAAGGGAGUUGCAAUAGGCUGCAGUUUUUCCGGCUAUGUGAGUGGCUGCAAAACAGACUUAACAGGGAAUGUGCUCCAACACUAUAACAUCUGUGUCUGAGCCCGCCAGGACAACACCAAGCACCACACCCAGAGAAUAGGUCUUACCAUUAAUUCUUCUUUUUCACAAGCAGAUUCCCCUGCAUUUACAGCCCUUUAAACCUAUUGAAGCGAAGGGUGCGUUUUUUAUUAAUGUAUGUGCUCAUUACUUCGGUCACAGUUAAGCUUUUUAGCAAAUGCUAACAAUAGAAUAAAAAAGGGAUUUUAUUUGUA